GGUUUGGGGAAAUACAUCUGCAUCAGAUGUAUCCUAUGAACAGCUACAGGAAGAGCUGAGAAUCAGUAUGCAUCAGAAAAUUCAUUAUAAGGUAACUGUGCUCAUCGUUCUUAAUAUGGGUAUAAAUAAAUAUAAAUGAUUUGACUGUACACAUCUAAGAUUUUUUUAAUUAAUUUAUUUUGUAGAUCAACAGAGUUAUAUACUAGCGGGAGAAUUCUCCAGGAAUUCAAAGUGAAUUUUAAAAUGUAGCUUCGAAUAGAUGGUUUAGAUUGAUUCUCAAAGCCAAUUCUGUUUUCAACUUGUAUGUUUUGGCACUAAGUUUGAAAUUUACAUUGAAUUGCCGGUAAUGUGUCCCUUAAACUCCAGUUCAACAGUAUAUGUAAUCUUAUUUUUAAUUCAAUGCUAGCUUUGAUUAAAUGAACGCACCAUAACCACUUCAUCAGAAUGGGGUUAAGCCGCUCACCAAUGGUUUAACCCAAAUGUUUUGAAUCCAGCACCUAUUAGGUCUGUCCCAGUCCUUCUACUUAUCUAAAAUUUUUGAAAGAGCAAGCCUGGAAAAUGGAAGCUGCUGAUUAUUUGAGAUUACCAGCUGAUGCUCUUAGCCAUUCAGCGUUGCCACUCACGAACAGUUUUACCCCUUAGGGAAAGCCGAGAGCUUUCAGUCACUCCUAGCAAAAGAAAAUGCAACUUCCUGUAGAAGUGCCAGGAACCCUCAACGGCCUGUAAAGGUCCUUUUUAAAAACAGCAUCUUAUUGUAAAAAUGGCUGCACUGCUCCCAUCUAUUAAGACUAACUUUGAAAGUAGGCUAAAUGAUCUAUACCCAGAACAUGGGACUUUUUUCUUUUUUUUUUCUUCUCUUCUCAAAUGCCACACAAUCUUGACCUAAUUGGAUGCACAGCCUCUUUGCUGUUUCUCUAGCCUAUACAAAGAAGGAUGGAGAAAACUGCAGAACUUGUCAUGUCAAACGCUUCCCACCAAACCAGCACACAUACACCUAUCAUUGAUUCUGACCACAAUAAUGGAUUUAUUAUUAUUGCAACAAAUACUGAGGGGGCAUGGUCGCACCUGCUCUUAUGGAUGAGCCUCCAAAGGUUCUGCCUAGGUUCCAGGUCAUUCAGAACUUUUCAUCUGGACUACCUACUAUCUUCAAGUUCAGAAAAGGAUGUUGUGUUGUGGUGAAAACAAUGUAUCAUGCCAACAUUAAGAUGAAUUCAGGCUAAGAAUAGUAUAGAGUUGUUCUUCCUUAUUUCAUAGUUAAUGGAUUGUAUUUAUAAAUGGUGAUUUUUUUUAACAUUUUUUUUUUCAUUAGGAACAGCUGGAAAAUGAGCAGCUCAGAUUAAGGAAAAUGUAUGAAGAGCAAAAAAAAUUAGAAUCUCUUGUUUUCAGUAAAAACGAUGAAAUUCGAGUCUUAAAAAAUCUUUUAAAAGAUGCAAAGGAGAGGGAAAAGCACGAUUACAAAGCAAUACCUGCCCACGAGUUGGAGGUUGGUAUCUGAUAUCAGUUUCGUUCUUUAACCCAGUAAGACAUUUUCUUUUUGUAAUUUGAAUGAUUUUUAUUGACAUGUUGAAGCCAUACAGAAAAAGAAAGUAUAAAAUUAUCAAUGUUCAUUGUAUAAAUAAAAUAUGCUUUAAAGGAAAAGCACAUUCACAAAAAGUUUCAAAUCACUAAACUACUUAAAAUCACCUGUUAUUAAUAUAUAUGUGAAACCAUAUAUCCAUAUUGUGUUCCAUUAAUGUUUAUAUGUGCAUUUUGGUUUAAUUUCGAUAUUUACAGCAGUACCACUGGUAAGAAAUGCAUGUUCUGGGUGUGCCCCCUUUUCCUUUUUUUUUUUUUUCCCCAUUAGACGUGACCACAGGAACGCCUGAUUUUGAAACCGUUAGAAAAUAGUGAUCAGUUUAAACAGAAUUUGGCCAUAUGUUGUGACUAAAUCCCCAUAUUCGUGUGCUUGACAGAUGCUUUUAAAUUUGAUAUUGUUCUUUUUUUGUGUGUGUUCCCUUAAUGUAUAUUUUAUAUAAAUUUUAGACUUUAUGGGUGUGCCCCUAAAUUAUUUUAUUCCAUUUAUAGUCAGUGGAAAUUGCAUGUACAAGUAGGUCUUCUUGAAUAAAUUGUAAGAUUUGAUAAUAAUAAGUCUAUCUUGAUUUGAUGAUAAUAACAACAGUUUAUCAAAUAGAAAAUGCAACUACAAGGGACGCAACAGUAUAGCAUUCCUGAUCGCUCAACAUGAGUUUAAAGAAUGAUGUAUAGAAAUUCAGGAGUGUUGCUAGGUGAUCAAAAAACCAGGUGCUUUGGUCCAAAGGUAAUUUUGAUAGUUAGCCAACACCUGCGUUGCAGCCAGAAGCUCCUGUAAUGAGUUUCUAUUAGCUCCACUGAACUAAGCCCUGCUUUGCAGUGAAGGGCUCUUUGGCUGAGUGUGUUAUCUGAACAAUCAAUAAGCACAGCUCUGCAGGAUUAGCUCAGUGACAAAACAUCCAGCUGCAGAAUAGGCAGCAGGCAUCCCACAGGUCUUUGGUAAAUUGUCAAACUACUUACUGUGGGAGGGUGCAGUGACGUAAAAUCAGUAAAGGCCUUGUGUUUGCUUGUCUUUGGUGUUCCCAUAAGUGGGACACCAGAGGAUAAAAGCGAGACGGGGAUGGGAGUGGUAGUUGGGUGUGUGUUUUGUGGGGGGAGCUGCCUAUAAUGUAUGUAUUAUGAAUGCUGCUUGUGGGAUUUCACAUGUGGGUGAGGCUGCAUGUGAUGUUAUUGUGUGUGUUUGUGUGGAGUAUGCUGUCUCUGCAGUUGUGUGUGUGCGUGUGUGGAAAUCCUUGUGGUAUUUUGUGUUUAUCAGGCAGCUGCUUGUGAUGGUGCAUGUUUGUGGGGAUACAGCUUGUGAGGUUGAAUGCCUGUGGGUAUCCAGCAUGUUGGUUGCCUGUGUGGUUGGAGGCUGCUUGUAGACCUGCAUGUGUGGACAGACGCUGCAUAUAUGUGCAGUUUGUGUUGUAAAGUGGAUGUUAAGUAGGAAUAGGUGUGUGCGUGUGUAUGCAUGUAUUUUUAGAGGGGUAUGAGUUGUAAUGUGUGUGUGUGUGUGUGUGAGUUUUUAAGGGGUAAUAAUGGCUGUAGUGUGAGUACAUUUAGUAGGACAUAGGGCCUAUGGUGUGUAUGUUUAGGGGAGGAUUAUGAUUGUGGUGUGUUUCAGAGGUGAUUGGCCCUGCCGUGUGUAUGUGUUUGGAAUGUGUAGGCCUGUAGUGUGUGUUUAAGUUGUGAUAGGGACUGUAAAGUAUUUGUGUUUAGGGUGUAAAAGGAGCUGUUGUGUGGGCAUAGUGUAUGUGCUUCGGAGGAUAGGGGCUGUAGGGUGUGUGUUUAAUGGUUAAUAUGGGCUAUAAUCUAUGUAGGGGGGAUACGGGCAGCAGCAUGUGUUUAGGUUAAGAUAAGGACUAUAGUGUGUGUGUGUGUGUGUGUGUGUGUGUUAGACUGCAAUGUAAAGGUGAUAUAGAAACUAAUUAAAAAACUAUUGUCUGCAUGGUUUCCUCGCUCCCCUUUGCAAUGCCAUCGCUGAAGUUGUAGUGCAUCACUUGAAUGUAGAGUGCAGGAAGUGAGGACCGUGCAGUGUGUGUAUGCAGCCUCUGUGUACCUGGCUAAACACAAAACAGGGGAAUCGGAUCUAAUAAUAAUAACCCCUGUGUGUAUUUGUCUUUAAUCCCAUUAGAUUGUGAGUUCAUUUGGGCAGGGCCCUCUUCACCCACUGUUUUCAUAUGUCACAUGGAUCCAGCAAGGUGCUCACAAUAUUCUUAGGGAUCCUGUGUUAGAUACCCAACACAGAUUUAGAGGUCAGUCUCCUCUAAUAAUACUAGGGAAUAGAAGAAAAAGGGUUAGUAGGGUAUUACCCGUCCAUAGGGUGGUUGGGUUUAAUGCAGGUAAAGGAGUCAAAGAACAAGCUGAGAAUAAUGGAUACCAGAGGAAUGACAAAACAAGAAAAAGCGAAGAUUAUGGGAUUAAAGAGAGCAGUAUAGUGCGUAAAACGUCAAACCAAAACCAGAAUAUUAGGAUCGCAUCAGGUACAGGAGACUACAAAAGGGCAUAGGACAGGAGGGCAAGUGGUUUUUAUAUUGGUAUAGAUAGAAGCUGAUAGAUUGGUGUCAAUGUUGGUGCUAGAACAUGUGUGCCUUUUGUUGAUGCAUCGUCUCACAAACUACCAUCUCGGUAAUAUGAUGGGAUCCCUGGGGAUUAUGAAAGGACAUCCUGAGAUAGCAGCCAGUGUCAGAAAUGUUACUAGAAUAAAGCAACGUCGCACGUCUCAAUGUACCAGGAGACAAACUCACAUUGGAAAAAUUGCAGGAAAAACGCCUCGGUUCUAGACUUACCAGGACCAGGUACCAGCUUACUCUGUAAUGACCGGACAUAACAUCAUGACAUAAUGUAGCUGUUUCAGAGUCCCAAACGUAAAUGAUUAGAGAUGGAGGCCAAUGGGGAACACUGAACCUAUUGUCAAAUUUUUGGAACCAAUUUUAGGUUAUAGAAAAUUAAAUGAUACAUUUAACAGAUAAAGUUUAGAAGAGAAUUGUAACUGAAUCAUUACCAAUCUGCUUCUGAAAUUCCAGGCAUUCAAGCUACACUCCACUCCUAUAAAAUGAAUCACCAUUUAGUAGAUAUUCCCCAAUGGAAACAUGUAUGCAUUUAUUUAUUUUUGCCGCAUAUUGCCACUCGGGGUGUAUCUAAAAAGUUUGCAAUUUUUAUCACAGUAGCCUUUGCAAGCCCUUCCCUUCUCACCAGAGGAGAAUUUAGUCUAACGAUCAGAGGCUUUUUGUAGAGAACUCUCUGAAUCUCUCCAGAAUGCUGAUCUGAUGUGAGAUCUGUGAGAGGGAGUGGGGGGAAGGCAGUCACUCUCAGGUAUAGAGAUGUUUCAUAAUUUAAUUGUAAAAGUGCAGAUUUCUCACAGUAGCAAACUGAAGUGCUAUCUGGGUGUGGAGUGGUCCUUUAAGGAUUAAAAAAAAAACUAAAUUAAAUCAACAUGUUUAAAUAAAUAAUAGCAAAAAGGGUAUUCAAAAUAUUAGAACUAAAUAGUCAAACUGGAAGCAUUGCUGAUUAUGAUAUAAUCCAGAUCAUUUCUUUUGGCCUUAAAUGUUUAAUUCGCAUAGAAUUCUCGCUGGAUUCUCAAUAGUUCUCACUUUGGUGAAUAACCCUGUAAAUAUAAAGAGUAAGCUGUAGAAAUCAGCAGGACCAUUGGCUUCCAAUGUGAUUACUCUACUCCAGAUGUACAUUUUACACAAUGCCUUCUUUAUUGUUGUCCUAAAUUAUCAUUUGAAUUAUUACCAUUGGAAACACAUGUACAGAUGGCUUUAGAAUAGAAAGAUAAUUUUAGUUCAGAUAUAUUCAGUAUAUUAUUCAAAACUGCUUCAUUAUCGGUUUCAGUUUUGUUUUGUUAGUUUUUUUGCCAUUUUUUUCCCUAUACUUUGAUUUGUAUUGAAACAAAAUUAGAACAUUGCCGUAGUCUCAUCUCUUAUCUACUUAAACUGCAGAUUUAUAGAAUAUUAUGAGUUAUUUAUGCCUCAGUUUUUGCCUCUUAUUUGCCCUAUCUGAUAAAUUGUAACAAUUCAUGGGUCCACCUCUGGCAAUUAAAGUGUUAGUCUCACACCAACCAUUAUACACAGCCUUAUUUCACCCGAAAGCAGUUUUACAUUUUCAUCAUAUUGUUAUAACAAUUUUCUCCACUGGGAGGUGGUAUAACACUGUACUUUCUGAUUCAAUAAGUGUUUGUUUUUUUCACUGGUACUUAUCUCUAUUUUCUGGAGAAAUACUGCUAAAUAAUAUUACAUCUGUCAAACUUUUUUCUGUUUAUGUGUCAAUGACAUUCUUCUAUGACAAUUGCAUUAAAGAAGUCAUUUUUAUCACAGUACUAGGAAAUGUUAUUUGUCUCAAUUAUAUUUUCGUAGUUUGGUUUUCAUGAUCUAAAAGUUCCUAAAUAUUGAAAUUAUAGCAAUAACAUUCAAGAGGAAUUGUAGAGAAUCGACAAGGGAAUUGUGAAAUAAAGGGCACACUGGUAAAUAUUUUUCAACGAUUUUACCUUUUUAGCUAUAUACUUGCCAAUUUUCAGAAUUCACUUGCCAAUUCUCCAAAAUUCUCAGUUGAGUGAUGAAAUCACUGGAUAUUAUUCACUGAACAGAAAAUGAGGUGAAUCAUAAACUGAACUGAAAACAUUCUGCAAAAUAGCAGUAGGUUACUAAGUAGAUUAGAGAAUUAUUCUUAUCUACUACUAUUUCUGCAUAAAAUGUUCAGUUUAGUUUGCAAUUCACUACACUAUACUGUUUAGUGAAUAACCGUUUGGUGUUUUAAUCUGGGAAUCUAUGACUAUAUCUGAGAAAUUCAGGUGUAGGCCGUUCACUGUACUUUUAGUAGUUCUUCUCAAAAUUAUCAUUAUAAAAAUGUCGUUUUUUUAUUUUAUUUUUUUUGAGAUGCGAAUUAAAAAGACAUCACAAGAAUCUGCUGCUCUCGGGACUUCUCUUGAUGACAACGCAAGGUAGAUUAUUCAUAUUCUUAUAAUUUAUUUUAUAUACCUUUCAUUAUUCCGUUUUCUCUUAAUCCUGUGUUCAAUUCGGGUUAAAUUGUGAGAAUUUGGCAAAACUGUACUUUAAUCAAAGUAUUUGCAUUGUGGGAAUCUCUAAAUUUACUACAUUUAUUUUAUGGUCUACUACUCAUUUAUUCAAGAGAAUGUUUAGUUAUAUAUUUUUAUUUUUUUUUACCCACUCUUUGUGGAUUUAUAUUUAUACAGUUAACAAUUCAAUAUAGUCAUGCGCAUUAGCUUGGCUAUAGUUUUAUUAGUUUAUAUUUCUGUACUGAAAGGGUUGGCUUAUAUGUUUAGAGACAGGUUAAAAUGAAGUUAUAGGACUUGACUAUUAUGGUUUUUUUACUGAUGCAUUGAGCACAUUGUGAGAGAUUUAUCAGUGUUGCUUUUACAUCUAAUUUUUAUUUUAUUAUUUGAUUUAUUAAUAAUUUGUUGUUAUUUUCAUCUGUUACUUUAUAUAGAAAUGCCUGUGAAAUUAUAAAAAAUCAAUCUUUUUAGAUUGCUUUAAUAAAUUAUGGUCAAAAUAAUGAUGAAUUGCACGUUCAAAACACUUGUUUAAAUAUCUUGCGUUGUGUCUUAAGAAAACAGAUAAUGACAGCUUCAGGGAGAGACUUGAAACAACUGGGACUUGUAGAAAGCAUAUUAGUAAAUUGUAAAUUUUUUACCAAAAUACGAAUAUUAGGGAAAAAAAUCCAAAUAAAUAAUGUUGGGUGGUAGGGGUUUAGCUCAACUACUUUAACUUACUAUUUAGAAGUACCUUGUCAAAUCUCGUCAAUUCUCAGUUAAGCGAAUAAAUGUCUUAAAUGUACUAUUUGAAGGCAAAUCUGUAUCCUGAUUUGCUCCUGGAUUUUUAAAACCAAUCAGAAUAUAUCUUUUAAAAAGGCACUUUUCAGUAAACUACAAACCAAAAAUGAAAAACAAAACAUUACUUAUUGGAUGUUCUAAAAGCACACUUCUUAGCGCUAUACGCUUUUAUCAAUAAUUGUUGUAUUGUGUAUACCACAACCAAUAUAUUUCUUAAAUGUGUCCUAAUAAAAGGGAAUUGUCACUUCAAAGUAUUUUUAAUAUUCUGUUUACGUAUCCCCCAUAAUUAACAAUUACAGGCUUGAGAGGUGUGAACAUAAAAUUCUAUGUUUGAAUCCAUUCUGCAACUAGAUAUCUCAAUCUUGACUGCAUGUCAAUCAUUGUUAUAACCUCUGCUCUUUGCAAGUGACAGUCAAGGUAUGGAAAAUAUACAGAGAAGAGGAGAAAUUAAUCAAUGUUUAUUUUCUCUUCAUUUGCAACGUGUCCUUAACUGUGCCUGCUCUGAAUUGGAUUGUGAUAUGAACUGAGAAAUCUUUAAAUGUAAAAAAGGAUUCACACAAGUUAUGGGUGAUUUUCUGUGUUUUAUGCAUGGGUAUAAUUUCUAGAGACAUGAUGGUUUCCUUUGCAAUCAAGUGGUCAAAACAAGCCCAAAGUGAGUUAAGUUUCCUAUAGUACCCCCAACAACGUUGAUGUGCAGACUGGUACAGAUAAUGAUAUUCCUUGUUAUAAAAAACAAAAUAGUAAUUCGCUGAAUAGGUGCACAUCAUCUUUUAGGUAAACCCGUUGUUUGUAUAUAUCUACAACACAAAAAUUGUAUAAAAUCAUUGUUAGUAAAAGCAACGGCUAUUACACCACGCUAUGCUAUCAUACUAUUUCAGAUUUCUUAGAAGGAAGUAAAGAAUUAAAAGGAAAAUUAUUUAUCAUAAAAAUUAAUUAAAAAGUAUGUUUCUUUUUUCUUUCUUGGAAUGAAAAUAUUAUUUAUAUAUAGUUUAAAAAUUGCAAAUGCUUAUUUUUUCUCUCUCUCUUCAAAUAGAAAAUACUCAAAUAUUUCAGUUUUCCUCAAGGGGAUCUUUAACUUAAUGACCAAUAUUGGUUAUUAUAAAAUGUUGCACAUUUUCAAAUAUUCUAACUUUUUUGUUGUUGUUGUUAAUACUGUUCUUAUUCUCUGUAAUACCGAUGUCCCUCUGAAAAUUAUUUUUUUUAAUACAUUUUAUAUUUCUCCUUUUUAUUUGUGUUCAUUUUUAAGUCCUUUUUAUUUAUUUUGGUAAAAAAGAGAACAUAUCAGUUGCCUUUUUUUAUAUAAUUUUAGCUGUAAUUAAUCAUCUUUUAAACAGAUUAUAUCCUGCCAUUAUAUAUAAUUCACGGUAAUUAGCUGAAACUAGCAGGCACCCUCCUCUGUAAUUAACAUUUACUGGGUUUCAGAGUAAUCCUUUGUUGCUGGAUUGCAUUUGUUAACAUAUAUUAGUGUUCCCUAGAAUUUCUUAGCUUUCAUUAGCAUAUUGUGUGCAUUUUUAUGGUCUAUAAUUAGCAUUUCUUAGUAAAGUAGGUGCUUGCCACUAACUAGUGACUACUAACACUAAUUAGCCCACACUAUUAUUCGUUCACAUCCAUUAAUACUUAGUAGUGUUUUUUUUAUUAGCUUUCAUUAGCAUUUAGUAGUAUUGGUUGCAGUUUGUUAGCUUUUGAGAGAAUUUAUUAGCACAUUAUACAAUUCUUUACAGCUCCUAACAUCUGCUAGAUGUAUUGUAUUUGUUAUUAGCAACCAUGUCAUACAUAAUUAGUACAUACAAACAUGUGGAAUAGAUCCUUCCAUUAAUAUCCAUUCACUACAAAUAAAUACCAAUGGCAUGAUCUUAUCAUUUUUAUUAUUAUUCUUUUUUAUUUUUUUUUUGCCAUAUAUAAAUUCUGUACAUCUGUAGCUUAUCAAUAAAGUUAUUGAAAAAUACCUCCCGCAGACACCGCAGUUAUACAACUCUCCUAGAAAGAAAAAAAGUAUUGAAUUACAUAAUAACAUACAUUUGAGAUUUGUUUUUUUAAUAAAAAUUGUGUGAUUAAAAGCUAAAAAAGAAAUCCCUCGCCGAGCUAAGGGCAUUCUCAAAUCUGCAAUCUCAUUACAUCUACAUAGUGCCCCUCCUAAAAGACACUGCUUUGCAACUAUGACAGAACGCCAUGGAAAAUGUGUAAAAACACAUGAACAGCAUUUACUUUUUGUUCCCUGUGCUUAAUUCUUCCCCUUACUUUACCAUAAAAGGUUGACAGGGUUUGGUUUUUUGUUCGUUUGGUUUUUGUUUAUUUUACAAUGCAUAAAAAAUGGCAAAAAAAUAUUGCAAAUGCAAACUAAAUUUGUAUUUCAUUUUCCACAAGUUGUGUAGUUGCGGGAGGUGGCUGCUCCCUAUCUCUGCAGUACACCAGACUUUUGCAAUUCAAUUUUGAGGCCCUAUCACCCCCAAUCCUCUCCUCAUGGCUGGUAUGGGUUAUCAUGGUUCCCAAAGGAGGGCUUCUGGCUGGCUGGAACGUUCUUUGCAACGAAGGCCUAACUGUUUUAAUAACUGGAUGCUGGAAGGGGUAUUGGCAGCCUUUGAUUGGAUUUGUGAGAACUUCUGGGAUUGACUCUCUCUCAUAUCAAGCUAGCUGAACCAUGCUGCCCACCUUCUGGAGGGAGAUGUGGGUCAGUAUUGACAGAGGCACUGAGCAUCUGUACCGGGCAUGUCUGCUGUAACCAGUGAUACAGCUUAUCUGAAUAGCCUACCUAAGUGGAGAGCCGACAGAGGAAAGACCUCACUGCACUUCCCACACCUUUGGAGGGAAACUUGAUGGAGACAUCAAUGAAGUAGAGUUCGAUCCAGAUCCCUAUACACAACCUCUGAAGGGCAUACACUUUAGUACUGCUAUAUGCUGGGUACAUGGAGAAUAGGUGCCAGCUCAUUUUCAAACUCUGGUCUGGUGUGGUAACCUUGUUUGGUGCUAAAAACCCUUCUGACACUUACCUGUUUCCAACGCCGAUGUCCUCCAGCGUUUGGUCUUGCUCCUCCUCCUCUGACAUCAACGGGGGAGACCUAAUGCACAUAUGCGGCGAGCACUGCACUCUCAUUAGGCCUACCCCCAUAGGAAAGCCUUGCUCAAUGCUUUCCAUUGGGGUUUAAAUGAUGCUGGCUGUGCUCAUUAAUAGCGUGAGGACAUCCAGCGUCCGUUAGGCAACCAAAAGUCGCCUAACCACCCUGAAGUCCCUCUAGUGGCUGUCUGUUAGAGGUGGAGUUAACCCUCAAAAGUAAUUAUUUCACUAAUCACAAUAGUGCACCCAGUCCCCCUUCAAUGAGCUGAAGUGGUCUGGGUGUCUAUAGUGUCCCUUUAUGCUUUACUUUAAGCCAUCACAUCAUCAUGCAAGCAACAUAAUGUUCUAGAGUCUACCAUUGAUCAGUGCAGUUAAUCUUUUACUAGUGAGUUUAAACCUUGAGUAAUCUUGCGUUUAUAACUGAUCUUGAAGUACAUUCUUGUCUUACCCUUAAAACGAGGUAUCGGUGAUCACUGUCUGUAUAUUUUAAACAAUGGUAUUCAGGUGAACCGUUAUGAUCUCCAUCUUUAUGCUUAUAUUUCUCUAUAAAACAGAUUGACAAAAAACAACAAUAUUUUACUCUGCAGGGGACCCAGAACUGUCACAUUAAUAAAGAAUGAGACAAUUUAUUGUUUUUGUUGAGAUUAUUAUUACUUUUUUUCCAAUUAUUAUUAUUAUUAUUAUUAUUAUUAUUAUUAUUAUUAUUACAACACUUUUUUUUUUUCUUUCUUCAAAUGCUUAUCAAAUCCAAACCACUAGUCAGGUGGAAAGGUGACCUAUGGUGUGAUUACAACCUUUACGUUGUAAAGGAUUUAGCACGUCAUCUGGUAACCAUCUUGUUGGGGUUUUUUUGUAACAAAUUUGCAUAAUAUUGAAAAAUUUCCAGAACUGCUCUAGAUGUACCAGGGGUACCCAAAGCAAGUCAAUAUCUAAAUCAAGAUGUCUGAUGUGAGAUAGUUACUGUAACGGCUACCCAAGUUGUAGGGGGGUAUCAGCCGUUGGAGCCGUCCUUUUCCUGGAAAGCUGCUGUGUAGUAAUGGAGUUUCUUAUUCCCAUCCACGAGAUCCAAGAGUAAAGCCAGGCCUAGCUGUAAAAUGGAGCAGGAUAAUUGUGCAGUAAAUCCCCUUCCAAGAACGAGACGAGGCUACAUUUUGAAGGGUCAAGCAGAACUGGCUUUUAAUGACAGGCACUCUCUCUUUUUAUGUGAUUUUGCCCAUGCAAGGGCGACACCUACAUAAUUAACAGAACAACCAAUAAACAUAAGGUACAUCCCACAUAUCUCCUCCCCUCAGAUAAGCUACUAACAUAAUUAAAACGAACACAUUUUUCCCCAAAGUUCAGAUGUACCCCAAAUACUUGUCCACAGAUAGCCCUUUUCUGGGGGACCAACAUAGUCAAAAUUCAGCUCAUUCAGUUCAGCCGUUCGGGAGAUAUGGGACUUUAAAGUUUUGACCGACCGCACAGGCAAAAUAUCCGAAAAUAGUUCCAUGAAUUUUGGCCUUGCGGUCGGUCUUUGUUCGUGCAUUAAAAGUCACAAAAAGCUUGCCAUCCGUGUGUAACUCGACGUUUGCUAGAAUACACAUAUGUUAUUAAGUCUUUCUACCGAACGGCCAGGUGUUCGGUAGUUUUGGCACGAAUUCCCGGUGCUAUGGAGGUCUCAGCAGUGUUCGCCUACUCGAGUGCCCGAUUUUUAGUUCCAGACACUCAACGGCAAAUCACCGCUGUUCGUGCGUUAAGAUGGCCGCGAACACGUGCAAAGUCCCGAAAUGGUGGCCACCUAAGAUCUAAAACAAAGGAUUCUUGCAUUUAUCAUGCGAACGGUAUAUGCCGUUCUGGGAGGUAAAAUACCACUUAAUUGAACAGCAGGUUGGUCCGGUGUUCGGCAGUUUGUAUUCGUCUUUGUGCCUGCUUGGUCUCUACCGCAUGGAUUGCACAAAUAGACGACUGCUGGCAACAUAAUUCCCGAACUGGGCUAUAAUAAUUCACAUAACCAGGUAAGUAUAUUCCCUUGUAUUAUUAGGGGUAGUUAUUGUUAAAUAUGUCCAGGCAGAAAGUACAGUUACCAUUAAGGUGUCCUAGAAUUUCUUUUACUAAUGAGGCUACAACUUGUCAAACAUGAUAUCUGUAAUAUCAACACAUGGGCUUAUUCCAUGAUUUUGUGCUAGGCCUGGCAACCAUUUUUUUGUUGUAUUGUUUUUGUGGCUACUUUUGCACAAUAUUGAAAUACCUUAAACUCGAGAACCACAUAAACUACAAACCUGCAACGUUUAGUGUCAAGUUGUGUUUUGACCUAUAUUUUGAUUUGUUUAAGAGAAGAUGAUUUGCCACAUAGUUCUGCAGCCGAAUUUCAUUGCACACAGUUAUUCAAAAAAAAUUUUAAUCUUCCCAUAAACCUCUGAAUAAACAAAUCUGGCACACAUUGCCACAGUUCAGUCCUCUACCACAGUUGUUAACAGCAACUUUAUAUCAAAAUCAGGAUUCAUGCCAUGAGCCAAUUAUGUCUAAGGUGUACUAAAAAAUUAUAAAAUCGGGUUUAUGAAUGGCUAGUCUUAGAAGUAAUACAUUUUCAUGUAUGUGAAAUGCAAUUGUCAUUGCUCCAUCUAAACAUUCUUUUAUUUACAUUUUUUUUUCUCCACAUGUUUUUCUAUACAGGCAAAAUGUUGAACGGGUUUUCUGUGACCUUAAGAAUGAAUUCAGACAGAUUUGCAAGUUAACCAAAGAACAAAGCAUCCGCCUAAACAGAUUUGUGAAGCCUAAGGAAAAUGCAGCUUGUAAUCAGAGUAUGUGAAUGUUCUUCUCGAAAUAAUGCUUUGUGUGUGUGUGUGUGUGUGUGUGUGUAUGUGUAUAUAUAUAUACAGGGAGUGCAGAAUUAUUAGGCAAGUUGUAUUUUUGAGGAUUAAUUUUAUUAUUGAACAACAACCAUGUUCUCAAUGAACCCAAAAAAACCAUUAAUAUCAAAGCUGAAUAUUUUUGGAAGUAGUUUUUAGUUUGUUUUUAGUUUUAGCUAUGUUAGGGAGAUAUCUGUGUGUGCAGGUGACUAUUACUGUGCAUAAUUAUUAGGCAACUUAACAAAAAACAAAUAUAUACCCAUUUCAAUUAUUUAUUAUUACCAGUGAAACCAAUAUAACAUCUCAGCAUUCACAAAUAUACAUUUCUGACAUUCAAAAACAAAACAAAAACAAAUCAGUGACCAAUAUAGCCACCUUUCUUUGCAAGGACACUCAAAAGCCUGCCAUCCAUGGAUUCUGUCAGUGUUUUGAUCUGUUCACCAUCAACAUUGCGUGCAGCAGCAACCACAGCCUCCCAGACACUGUUCAGAGAGGUGUACUGUUUUCCCUCCUUGUAAAUCUCACAUUUGAUGAUGGACCACAGGUUCUCAAUGGGGUUCAGAUCAGGUGAACAAGGAGGCCAUGUCGUUAGAUUUUCUUCUUUUAUACCCUUUCUUGCCAGCCACGCUGUGGAGUACUUGGACGUGUGUGAUGGAGCAUUGUCCUGCAUGAAAAUCAUGUUUUUCUUGAAGGAUGCAGACUUAUUCCUGUACCACUGCUUGAAGAAGGUGUCUUCCAGGAACUGGCAGUAGGACUGGGAGUUGAGCUUGACUCCAUCCUCAACCCGAAAAGACCCCACAAGCUCAUCUUUGAUGAUACCAGCCCAAACCAGUACUCCACCUCUACCUUGCUGGCGUCUGAGUCGGACUGGAGCUCUCUGCCCUUUACCAAUCCAGCCACGGGCCCAUCCAUCUGGCCCAUCAAGACUCACUCUCAUUUCAUCAGUCCAUAAAACCUUAGAAAAAUCAGUCUUGAGAUAUUUCUUGGCCCAGUCUUGGCGUUUCAGCUUGUGUGUCUUGUUCAGUGGUGGUCGUCUUUCAGCCUUUCUUACCUUGGCCAUGUCUCUGAGUAUUGCACACCUUGUGCUUUUGGGCACUCCAGUGAUGUUGCAGCUCUGAAAUAUGGCCAAACUGGUGGCAAGUGGCAUCGUGGCAGCUGCACGCUUGACUUUUCUCAGUUCAUGGGCAGUUAUUUUGCGCCUUGGUUUUUCCACACGCUUCUUGCGACCCUGUUGACUAUUUUGAAUGAAACGCUUGAUUGUUCGAUGAUCACGCUUCAGAAGCUUUGCAAUUUUAAGAGUGCUGCAUCCCUCUGCAAGAUAUCUCACUAUUUUUGACUUUUCUGAGCCUGUCAAGUCCUUCUUUUGACCCAUUUUGCCAAAGGAAAGGAAGUUGCCUAAUAAUUAUGCACACCUGAUAUAGGGUGUUGAUGUCAUUAGACCACACCCCUUCUCAUUACAGAGAUGCACAUCACCUAAUAUGCUUAAUUGGUAGUAGGCUUUCGAGCCUAUACAGCUUGGAGUAAGACAACAUGCAUAAAGAGGAUGAUGUGGUCAAAAUACUCCACCCAACAGCGCUCUUCAAGGAUGUAAAGUACCAAACGCAGGCGGGAUGGAAGUUCAGCGUUGUUCACGAGGUCGAGUGUCCGAUUUUUAGUUCCUUGCACAUGACAACCAAACACCGCUGCCUGCGUUCGCGGGAACAAGAUGGCCGACGCCACGUAUUCGGGCAUACGAAGGACGGCCACCAAGACGAUGACUUAGAACACUGCUGGCAGAAUCGUUACAAGGUGUCAUUAAUGUUUAACAAGCUCCCGGGUGGUCUUUAGUUCGGGAGUUGGUUCGGUUCCUGAACCAAUUAGAAAAUCCCAUGAACCAAGUCUUUUCACAUGAUUUCUACAGGGCCCAUAGUCUUUAGGCAGGAGGCUGGCAAGCACGCUCCUCAAGGAGCCUGUGGCAAGUUUACGUUCACCACUUAUAAUAUCGCUGUAUAUAUUCUCUCUCUCUCUCUCUCUCUCUCUCUCACACUCACACACACACACACACACACACACACACACACACACAAUUCUGUGCACUUAUUGUAUAAAUUAACAUUACCAUUCACAAAGUUGCAUAAACCCCUGACUUACUUAGAGUAUGUGAUCAUACAUUGCAUACGCUUGUAUACCCCAUUUUUUCUAUACCAAUCAUACACAUUCUAAGAAUGGAAAACAUUCACACCCAGAAUGAAACAUGUCCUACGGGUUGAUAACUUCAGGAAUUAAUCAUGUUGCAAGGCUCCAAACUGUCCCGUUUUCCUGUACCACUGUUCAGAUUUUAGUUCAUUUUUAACACACAUCCUCUAUACCUGGGUGAUAGACAGGUACCCCAUAUAAUAAGAUUGUAUUUUUACUCAUGCCAAUGCCCAGAGAAUGUUACUGUGAAUGAGACCGUUUUAUAAUAUGCAGUAGUUGAGGUACUAAAAUAUGAUCAAAAAUGUAAUUAGCGAAGAAUCUAUGGAUAUUUUUAGGAAUGCAAAUUCCCCAAAUACCAGCAUAAUGAAAGCAUUAUGUCUGCAUGUAAGUAUUAAGCCAUGUAUAGUAAAUGUGAUUGUCUGGCUAAACCACACAUCUUUAUCUAAAAGGAUGUUGUAGGUUGUCAUCUUUCCACUUACUACAAGGGGAUAAGGGUGAGUUAAUAACUGGGACACUGCAAAUAAAUCAGUCUCUCAACUGUGCAACAGUGGGUGGACUUGUUUGUAUUUUUGUUCUUGAACUCAUUAGAACAAAGACUUUCACAAGUCAUUUGUAAACUUUUAAAGUAGCAUUUUUUUUUCUGACAAGUGAAUAUUUCUUAGUCUUCCUUUUUUUUAAAUUUUUCUUUUAUCCAAUCAGGCGUUCCUCUGCAGUUUUCGAUGCCUGUUCAGUGCACAGAUGAACCAAAUGAGGAAGGGACAGUAAUGCUGAAACCUAAAGGCCCGGAGGAUAAACUUUCUUUUGCUCCCAUUAUGCCCAGAGGAUUGGGACCAGACGAUGAAGUGAGUGUUUCUGUAGAAUCCCUCUCCAACUUGAGCGUUAAGUUCCCACCCAGCAGUGAUGAAAGUGAAUUUUUACAGAGCACUCCAGAAAAUGAACCAGUAAGGAAACCUAUUGGAAAUGUAAAUGCCCGGGUCGAUAAUUUUCACAAAGAGGCCCUGUUUUUUCCAAAGCAAUUCACUGGUGCACACUGUGUUUCAUCUGGAACAGAGCCAUUACAAGGAGCGGCUUCUAACCAAGAGAACUAUAAAUAUCUCCACUUGGGAAAUGACUAUGAAGGCAGCUCUGAGGAGGACAAUAGUCUGUGUCUACCUGGGAUCAGUCCUACAAGAAAGUACAAUCAGGAUGCUGGCAGUGGGGCUGAACCAUUAGAUGCAAAUGAAAGAAUUGUUCGAGGUCCACAGCAGGUACUAUGGUUUUCUAUAUCUUUAAAUUAUUUUAUUUUUUUUCGCAGGCAGAAUUGAGAUAGGCAUGGCAUGUAACAGAUAUGUCAAGGCAUAACAUUCAGAAUAAUAACAUACAUGUUAAUGUGAGGAUGACCGUACUGACUGCAAGUUUUUAUAUUAAAUGUAGCUGGCAACUGCCCUGUUUAGGGCUUAUAAGUGUUUAAGUGGGUUUCGAAAAAGUAUACGACUUUGAUCAAACAACUAGAGAAGGGUAGAAAUGGCUUAAAAAUAGAGCAAACUGUGCGAUAAAUAAGAGCAGCUCCACGGCUUAGAGUGAUUGGGAUAUGGCUUGCUUGGAGAUGUGGGGGGGUGGGGGUCGGAAAUAUAGGAGCAAGUGUGGCCGGGUUCUUCCUGGUCUAGAAGCAUGCAGACCUCCGGGGCAAGGCAAUGAAGUGCACAAUCAUAAACCAUUGUAAAAAUUAACUAAAAGCACGUCAGUCCCAAUAUAAAACAAGCGAACACUAUGGGGAACAUUGAUCAAAAAUAUAAAAAGAAACAAGGAGGCGCCAAAGUCAAGUAGAUGUGAUAGUGGUUGCAUUCUUGAGUUUAAACGGCCAUCUUUAAACUCAUGUGAGUGUGACUAUAUUUUGCUAUAGUAAAAAUAUGUCUAAUUGUGCUGUAAUUAGUUGUAUACUUUCGGCAGACGCCCACACUUGUAACCUGCUGUGGGCCCUCUGUGAUCUUAGCGAUAGUGGUUAUGGAUUCCGGCUCUCUGGCUGAGGUACUGGAUAUGGGGAGACAUCCCUGCCGGGGACAAUGUGACUAUUACUGGGGUGGGGUGUUCCUUCUCCUCUGUAUUUACAUGAGUGUGUGUGUGUGUGUGUGAGAGUGUGUACAAAUUUAAAAUUAGGUUGUGUAAAUGAUUUUUGCAGAUGAGAGCAAAUUGUCCUAUCUUGUCCUUCCAUAAUUUAAUAUCAGAUUUGAUUUAUUUUGUCUUUUAUGUAUUCUUAUUAGGCACGUGGCUUUCUGUAGUGGAACCCAAUGUUUCCAAACUAUACCUAGGUUUUGUUCAACAUGGUGUUAAGAACAUUAAACAAUAUGAAGCAAACAAAUUGCACUGGGUAUGGGUGGACAUUUAUACUAGAUUGCUUGCAGCAAUCCAAAUUACAUUUCUCAGAUUGUGUUUUGUGUUUAACUAACUUUAAUUUGUAUUUCUUAGUUGUUUUUAUUUUAUUUUAUUAUUUUUUUGUUCUUUUGUUGUCUGUUUUUCUUUUUGUUUUUUCCUGCUUGUACACAAAGCUCUCAGUAGAUGGCAGCCUGUGUUGUUUAUUUUCUUCCGAUAUCAGGACACAUGAAACAGCUGGUAUGUGAUUACAAGUUGAUGGCAAAGUAGGCAGCUUAAAAAAAAUGCAAGUGAAUUGGUGUUGAGCUGUCAAAAGGCACAGGGCAGAAGGUUAGAUAAUUGACUUUCGCACCAGGGUGAAGGGGGUAGGGUGAGGUUAAAAUUACUUUAGUUUGUGAGUUUCAGAAUCGGAUGUGAAAGGAAAAUUUCAUUGGCUUUAUUUAUUAUUUUUUAUCUGUAUGUUAAAAUGAAUUGUAUUGCAUUUUUGAAGACUGGAGGAGAACAAAAGUUAAAAUAUAAUUUAAAAAAAAACAGAUUAGUUCAUAAUUCUACAGUAUUUAAGAAUAAAAUAAUUGAGUUGCGAAGAGAGGGAUUAAACAUUGUGUUUUCUGCUUUUGUGUUUAAUCAUGAACAAAGUGCAAUAAUUUAAUACAAUAUUUAACGUUUUUAAAGGAACAGCCAACCCAUAUGAGUCCAGUGAAGGCUUUGGUGUUCUACCUACCAAACAAUUGCACUUCAGCCUACUUUCUAUUGAAAACUAUUGUUUUAAAGGGACACUAUAGGCACCCAGACCGUUUCCGCUCAUUUAAGUGGUCUGAGUGCACAAUCCCAAGUCCCUUAACCCUGUAAUUUUAAUUAUUGCAUUUAUUGAGAAGCUGCAAUAAUUACUAUCCAGUGUUAACUCAACCUCUACCAGACAGCCACUAAAGGGACUUCUUGGACAUUAGGUAGCUUUUGGUCGCCUAACUGACGCUGGAUAUCCUCUCGAUAUGCAUAAGAGGUCCCAGCGUCCCCUGAAACACCAUAGGAAAGCAUUGUAUAAUGGGGGAAGUCCUAAUGCAUGUGCAGGAGGAGUGGAGACAGAGUCUGAGCCAGCACCAAGGGUCAUUGGUGCUGGCUGGACUUGGGUAAGUGAAAGAAGGGGUUUUAACCCCUUCUGCACCACGGGGAGGCAGGAGGGCACUAUAAGGAGCUACAGUGACAGGAAAACAACUUUAAGUUGAUUGAUGAAGGCUAAUAGGCCCAUUUGUCAUUACUCACUAUAAGAGAAAGCAAAUUACAUGCUUAUAACCUUUUGUAAACCAAUCCUGCUAGCUCGCUUAAUGUUGUUUGGCUGUUAUUUAAUACACCUAGAUUGUCAACUAUCAAGAAGCAGUGAAUCAGCAUCAUGCUUGCUGAGUUGUAAAAAAAUGGCUGCUACCACCAGGGUUGGCUAGGUUCGGAAGAUAUUUUUUAAAAGAGUUUUGUGAGAUCUCUCGCACAGUCAGGCUCUGUUGCUUGCAAUGUUCAUAACAUUAGUUAAUUUGUUAGACUUUAGCGCUCAAGUUUCUGCAUGGAUAUUCUACUUUAGCUGUUAAAAUGGAUGUGGUCAAAACUGGAUCAGGUAACUGACAUUUAAUGUGGAUAAGUGCAAGAUAAUGCAUCUUGGACGUAAAAACCCAAGGGCAGAGUACAGAAUAUUUGAUAGAGUUCUAACCUCAACAUCUGAGGAAAGGGAUUUAGGGGUGAUUAUUUCUGAUGACUUAAAGGUAGGCAGACAAUGUAAUAGAGCAGCAGGAAAUGCUAGCAGGAUGCUUGGUUGUAUAGGGAGAGCUAUUAGCAGUAGAAAGAGGGACGUGCUCAUGCCAUUGUACAGAACACUGGUGAGACCUUACUUGGAGUAUUGUACGCAGUACUGGAGACCGUAUCUCCAGAAGGAUAUUGAUACCUUAGAGAGGGUUUAGAGAAGGGCUACUAAACUGGUUCAAGGAUUGCGGGAUAAAACUUACCAGGAAAGGUUAAAGGAUCUUAACACGUAUAGCUUGGAGGAAAGACGAGACAGGGGGGAUAUGAUAGAAUCAUUUAACCCCUUAAGGGCAUAUGACAUGUGUGACAUGUCAUGAUUCCCUUUUAUUCCAGAAGUUUGGUCCUUAAAGGACCACUCUAGGCACCCAGACCACUUCAGCUUAAUGAAGUGGUCUGGGUGCCAGGUCCAGCUAGGGUUAACCCAUUUUUUCAUAAACAUAGCAGUUUCAGAGAAACUAUGUUUAUGAAUGGGUUAAGCCUUCCCCUAUUUCCUCUAGCGGCUGUCUCAUUGACCGCCGCUAGAGGCGCUUGCGUGCUUCUCACUGUGAUUUUUCACAGUGAUUGCACGCCAGCGUCCAUAGGAAAGCAUUAUGAAUGCUUUCCUAUGUGACCGGCUGAAUGCGCACGCAUUCAGCCGACGGGGAGGAGAAUAGGAGGAUCGGAGGAGGAGAGCUCUCCGCCCAGCGCUGGAAAAAGGUAAGUUUUUACCCCUUUCCCCCUUACAGAGCCAGACAGGAGGGGGACCCUGAGGGUGGGGGCACCCUCAGGGCACUAUAGUGCCAGGAAAACGAGUAUGUUUUCCUGGCACUAUAGUGGUCCUUUAAGUUUGGUCCUUAUUAAAUACAUAAAGGGAAUCAACACAGUAAAGGAGGAGAAAAAGGAAGAAAAACUACCACAAGAAGAAGACAUAGUCGUAAAUUAGAGGGGCAAAGGUUUAAAAAUAAUAUCAGGAAGUAUUACUUUACUGAGAGGGUAGUGGAUGCAUGGAAUAGCCUUCCAGCUGAAGCGGUAGAGGUUAACACAGUAAAGGAGUUUAACAUGCGUGGGAUAUGCAUAAGGCUAUCCUAGAUAUAAGAUAAAGCCAGAGACCUAUGAGAGUAUUUUGAAAAUUGGGUAGACUGGAAGGGCCGAAUGGUUCUUAUCUGCCGUCACAUUCUGUGUUUCUAUGUAACCAUGUAUCUGUGUUCUCCUUUAGUAUAGUUUCAAAACAAAAAAUAUAAAACUUGUGGAACGGCUCGAGUUCUUACCUGGCGUCAGUGAGGCACUGAUCAUUUUUGCCAUGGAAAGCAAGCCUUGCUGUUUCAGUGGGUCACUGUCAGACCAUGAGCUAAGCCCUGCACACAACAUAAAACUCUCAUAAAGGGCAGGGACAGUGCAGCAUCGUGAACAUACCCUGAGUGACACAGGGUGGCUCCUUAUGCUCCAUUUUAUCAGAGACGACAAUUGGCAGAUAUUCCUUUGCUAUGUGGCUGCAGAACACUACUUAUACUUCUUAUUUUUUUUUUUUUACUUUAGUGCCCGUAAAGAAAAAACUUACAGAAAGGUACAACAGUUGAUGAGUACAUACAGGAAGUAGCAAAGCGAAGUGCUUUUGUAACGUCAUAUCACGCCAUACAUCAAAUUAACCAUCAUUAUGUCCCUUGACUAGUUAUUUCAUAAUUACCCCAACUAUAGUCCAAGGCCUUUAGAAUGAUUCUGCGUAGUAUACUGAUUGAAUGAAUGAGUAUAGGAUAAUAAAGUAAAGCAUAGGGAAGUGUUGGCACAAGCCCCGUGAGCACCCAGCAUGACCCCCUCUUCUCCCCCCCACAACACCACCACCUGGGGAGAACCGUUAUACCUCAGUGAACCUUUUAAUUCCCUGUCUCCCCAUCAUCACCUACAGACACAUUUUGACGAGACAUAUAAGCAUCACAUGGAUAACAGUUUUGCGUGUUUUGCUCUAGAACUUUUCAAAUACACUGUCAAGUAUUUGGCUGUCUUAAUCUCCUCCAUCCUGUCCAACCUGUGCUGUUUAUUGGGUGCUUUCAGUCUCUCCCAGAAGUCUUGUACAAGUGAUUUUGCUGCAUUCAGAAGGUUCCACAAUAUUGAUAGUUUAUACUUAGACAUUGGUAGAAGAAUGACAUGUAAGAGGUCAUUUUCAAAUGCGAACAGGUGUGGAUUCCCAAAUAUCUCUGAGAAUAUCCCUAACCAUCUGCCAAUGAGGUUAUAUGAUUGUGCAAUCAAACAAAAUGUGUUUAAUUGACCCUUUCUCUCCACCACAUCUCCAGCACAUUGGAGAGACUAACAGGAAAAUCUUAUGUAAACAUUCGGGAAUGUGUACCACCAAGAGAGACGUUUAUAAUUAACUUCCUGAUAUCUUGUGCUGAUAGAACUCUUGUGAUGCAGGAUCAGAACCUCGCUCCACUAGUUAGCUGUAAUAGUUGUGCCCAGGCCUUCACAGACCAUUACAAAGGCUGCUUAGUCAAAAGGGCACAAGCCAAGGUAGAGAAUUUCUGAGAGGAGAUUAGAUCACGGACAUCUAUUUUCAAUAUAUAUAUAUCCUAUUAUCAUUUUUCUCCUAUUCAAAUCCAUGGAGGGACGGAACACUCAUGAUCGAAAACUGUUCACAAGAUUUACAGUAGCUGCCAGAGGAGCCAUGGCUUAGCCUUGGCUUAAAACCAAGAUCCCCGCAAAAGAAAUGGAGCAGAUAAGAAAACCAUUUAAUGGACAGACUCAUAGCCCAAGUUAGACACUGUUCCUGCCUUUGAGAAAGUAUGUUUAGCUUGGGACAUUUGAGACCCUUAGUACAACGAGCAAUAAACACCUCAUAUGGCACAUUCUCUUUAUCGCUCUCUCUCUUUAUUUACUAUUCUUUUCCCUAUCUAUCCCAAACAACAUCCUAUAAGCACAGCUAACUGAUAAUAAAUAGAAUCCUAACGAAGAUGACAAUGCUAGUCAGCAGCUAUAUUGCAAAAUGAAAGAUGUGAGACCUGAAUACUUGAGCGGUGACUAAUAGAAUUUCCCACAUCUAUCAUCCUCUCAUAUCUCUCUCCUUUUCUAUCCUCCUCUUUUGCCAUUGUGUAUUUUAUAUAUUCCAAUCUUUUUGGGUCCUGUAUUUCUCUCUUUACCUUGUUCUAUGUCUGUAGAGAUGGUGGAUAAACCUCCCAUCAAAAACAAGAAAAGGUCAGCGAUAUUGUUCGGUUUUGCUAAUUUUUUAAACAAUAUAUAUAUAUAAAUGUAACAAUCAAAUCAAAACCGUGACCAAGCUAUAUACACAGGAUUGUACUGUAAUGUUAACGGUGUCUAAUACUUGAGAUCGUCUUCCCCCCCCCCCGGGUAUCAGUUUAGGCUCUGUAUGUCCUCUAACCCCUGUCUGAUGGGGAUAACAAUUCUUGACCUAGAAACCAAAGAUCCCUUGCUCCUUCCAGAUAUUUGUGUGUUGAAGACAGCUGGGGCUCGGCAUUUGGGAUAUCUUUGUGGAUCUCCGUGCAGAUCUCCGUGCAGAGAACCAUAUUCAGAGUAUUUCUGAUAUCGGGGCUCUGUGCGGGAUGUUUCAUGGCUACUCCAUAGAGGUAUUCCACACCAUUGAAGGGAGUGGGGCACUUAAGCUUCGUCCAUUGCUUUAUGGUUGGAAAAACGUGCCACUACACCACCCUUUGCAUAGCAGUGGCGAGAUGAUACGUAUACAUAUCUAGCAAAGCCAGACUACCUCAAACUCUUGGUAGGUAUAAAAUGUCAUGCUGAUGUCGAUUAUGCAAUUUCACUUUUGCGUUUUCAAAAAUGUUUAAAAUCUCUGUGGCAGGGCAAUCGGGAUUGUUUGAAACAAAUAUUGUGACUAUAGCAAGAACUGUGGGAGGGGCAGAAAAUUUAAGAAAACUACAUGAUCUAUCAAUAGCUAUUUAUAUAAUGUUAUAAGUAAUGUGGAAGUGAACAAAUUGUGUUUACUUAAUUCCGAAAAAUAUGUUCCAUAAUUCAAAGACAUGCCGGAAAGGAAUGCUUAAGAUCUAUAUAAUAUAUAGAGAGGAGGUUGAUGGACAGCAAAGAGUGCUCUAAAUAACUCUCUCACAACUAAAAGAAAAACAAUUGGAACUGACACACAUUGUCAUUAUGGCAGAUAAUGGUGGUCCCUGGAGUGUUUCAACACAUACUUAUCACAUCUACAUAUUGCCAAGUUUUACCCUCCCCCAAACUCAAUAUGCUUUAGUACAUUUCUUAAAACAUUUCUUAAAACAUCCAAUACGGACAGCUGUACUCAAGUUCUCUCUUUAUUAGAGGUUGACAUACCAUCAUGGACAACUCAAGAUUUGCUCAAGAGAUCCCAUAUGGUGCAUAUGCUUGAGACCCAACUCAUCAAGUAAAAAUAACGCUGUUGCUAUUUAUAAAACAAAUUUAAAAAAAAAAAAUAAAUGUGCAAGCAGUUCAGUUUAUUUAUUUAGUUGUGAAUGAUUGUACGGAGAGUUAGCAGCUCUAAAAGGCUGUAACACUUUUUAGGAGCUAUAGUAGAUUUAUCAGACAUGAUGAAAAAGAAUGCAGACUGCUAAGUGCGUGUGUGUCUUUUGGGGAAAUUGCGGUGAAAUUGCUAGAAACCUGAAUUGGAUUUAUUAUGUAAAUAUUCUCACUUGAAUAAGAUAAAGUAUCCAGUCCCUUUAAUUUUGGAAGGUGCUUUUAACACUCUGAAUUGCGUAGUGGAGUGCAGUCCUUAAGAUAAUUUCUGUAAGUAGACUUAUGGAUGGGUGAAACAUCUGACCACUUUCUAUAGGAAUUUUCAUAAAUCAAUAAAUAAACCCCAAAUCUUAGACAGUUGGUGAUUUUCUGUAAAAAUAUAAAUUAAAUGAAAAAGGCAGUAAAUAUGUUUUUUGCUAGUUAUGCAAUUUGUGUUUCAAUGACCAUGAAUUGGGCAGCAUUUGUCACCUCAAAAUUUUUAAUACAAUAAUCUUUUCAUUAAAUUUUGAAAGGAAAUAGAUGUUUUUUUAAAUAAAGUGUAUGUAAACAAAAUUAUAAAAACUCACCCCAACCACAAUUAGUAUAUGACAAGAUCCUUCAGUUGUAUUCCUUGAUCAGACAGUGUUUGACAAUUUCUUCUGAGUUUAAGUAAAAAGUUACGAAAGCAACAAAAAAAAAAUGUUAAGAUACAAUAUUUGGGUACAUUUUGAUUACAAACCAUCAAACCUUUUCUUCCAACCCUGUGACUUUGUUUGCACUGUGCUAUCUACUACACUAAGAUAAUGAGCUCUUUUACAUUCAGACACAGUCACAGAUAUGCUCGGCAACUCAGUUUAAAUUAGAAAAAGAAAAUCAAGUGUUAAAAGGAAAUUUCAUCAUUUUAAAAUUCUGUACAAUGUAUAUUCAGUGGCUAUAGGUAUAUUUAUAGUUGAGUCAAAUUUAGUUUGUACUAGAUUAUUAAUAUAGCUGCAUGAAAACUAUGAAAUGAAUUAAAGACUCUAAAGUAUUUUAAUGUAAUGGCUUCUAGCCUUUUAAAAAAAAUCAUUCGACUUAGAAAAUCAGAUUUAGCAUAGAUUGCUGGUAUACUUACAGGCUUAUUUACUAAAGUGAGAAUUACAAAUGUAAGGGCAAAGUAGCCAUUAAAGUAUAUAAAAUACUUAGAUUAGAUAAAGAACACUUAGAUUAGAUUGAAAAAAAUGUAGAAUAACUCUCUAAAACUUGCCCUGAAUAACUAACUAUUUUUACAUUCGCCAUAACGUAGGUAGAACUUUAUAAUGCACAAGUUUGCAACACCAUCAUGCAGAGAAUCGAGACACUGGUGGGAGGGGGUGGAGGGGACCGGUCCUUCCCUUUUAAGUGGCAGGUCAGGCUGCCUAUAUUUUUUACUUUUUUGUAUUUUUUAUUUUUGCAGGUGAGACAGUGCAUACGUAUUAUUUCACGAGUUACCAAACGCAUAUAAUUGUCUUGAAAACAUACCUACUAAUUUAAUUUUUAACAAGGGUGGGGGGGAAGGAUGCGGAAAGGGUAAUGCAAUGCAAUUUUGGAAACUAUUAAGUGCAAGGAGUAACAUUAGUGAUAUUCACACAGACGCCUCCCAAAGCAUUAAGUUUAGGUACUUUAGAAGCAGUGUUAAUUUUGGUCCAGGAGGUGGGAGGGUCUGGGAGGGGAGGUCUGCUGCUUAUUGGCUGGAAUGUGUCUGCUGACUGUGAGGUACAGGGUCAAAGUUUACUCAAUGUUGAGUCUGUGGCAAACCGGUUAUAUACAAGGUAUAUAUAAUUACUUUUGAGUCCUUACCCCCAUCUGACUGUAAUUGGAAUCACAUGUUCCACAUCCCAGGUAUCUUGGAGGAAAGUUCCAGUGUUCCAUCUCUCAGGCCAAAGGCCAAGAUGAAGCCUUUGUCAGGUUGGUAGCCCUAGGCAAUUCCCCCUCUUUAGAGACUGAGAGAUCUGGGAGCAGUCCAGCGAUUGGCAAUACCUGCAUUCAAUCUUAGUAAUGGGUUGCAUUGACUUCCACCAAAGUUAUGUUGUAUGAUGUAAGUUGUUAAUGAAUGUAAGGUUGUGAAAGGCUUUCUGUUGUGCAGAGUGCAGUUAUUAACUGUAAUUUAUCCUGAAGUAUCUGCCGGCAUAGAAUAAUGUCUCUGUGUGUAGCAGCAGGUGCUUGAGGAGACUUUGCAAUGCAUUAGACACCAUCAAUGUAGAAUUGUUUGGCUUGUUCUGCUGGCCACUAAUUUCCUAAUAACAUGAGUCCGGCAUCCCUUAUCUUGAUGUUCUUUCACCAGCCUCUUUCAUCCAGGUUUUCAACCUGUAAAGCAAAGGCAGAAUGUUGGUUCUGCAGUUGUUGAACCAUUUCCCCUAAAUAAUUUAGGUUCUGAUUGAGCUAUGUUAUGUUAACUCAUAUAAAUGAGUAGUGACCUAUCCUAUCUCUGCCUUCUCCAAUGCUGUAUCAGCUGCAAACCGUUAUUAAAUGUCCACAAAUAAGUUGUGAAUGUAUUUUUUUUUUUUGUGUGUUUUGUCUUUUUGGUAGCUGGAGCUGCAGUGUCUUGGUACACGGUGACAGAGCUUAUAGUAGUGUCUGUUAUGAAGUCUCCCUCAACAGCACGGUUAUUUUACUGGCAGCAUUAGGCCUCUGAGUUUCCUAACUUUUUCCCCCUAGUUAUCUCUGUUGUCCUUUGCCAUGGUUGAUUCUAGUUCUGGGACCUCCGACUCCUCUUUUCUCCAGUUACCUCACAGCCUGAUAAGAGAUCGGUUGAGUAUAAACCUAGACCUCUCCAGGCUUUUGUUGGAUGCACCACUCCUUGUAAGCAUGGUAGGCAGUGAGGUUUUGGCCCCUAAUUGAAAAACAAAAGGCAUCUGCGGGUUCCUCUUAACUACCUGCAGCAAGCACCAGCAAUAGCAGGAGUGGAUAAGGUAAUUUGCCCCCAAAAAGGGCAGAAAGAAAUCAAUGUCAAGGAGAUCAAGAAAUGGCAACUGUGCCAUUUUACUGAUACACUCUGCCCCAGGCUGGCUAUCUUCUGAGGACAGUGUUUCAGUGGUCCCUGCAGUGUCAGUGCCCUGAGCUAAAACUCGUCUUAUGAUGAGCUCAUGCUAUGCUUGUUGGGGACAGUUCCCUGGUGUCCAUAAAAGCAGACAGGCACAGCUAGACGUGACCCAGAAAUUGGGACUGUCUCACCAGAAUCGGGAUGAUUGGGAGGCCUGAGUUUGGGUCCUUUGUCACUGGCAUUUACUUAAACUAGUUGUUGGAGCGUUCUCACCAUUUUCAUUGCCUAUUUGAACCAUAGCACUGAAGGCCUUCAUUUAAUGCUGCAGUCACUGUUAUUGAAAACAGGAAAAUACUCUAGCAUACCUUUCUCUUCUCUUCUUCCUUUUCCAUAUCCUCCAGUCUCUCCUGCUUUCUCAGACAUCUGACUUCAAGCUGAUUUGCCUGUAAGCAUCACGUGAUUUCAGUAGUCAGGCCUGAUGCUUCUCUGCUCACAAACUCCAGGAAGUUGGCCAGCCGUUCAAUUAACUGUUUUGUUGUAGUAGUUUUUUUUUUUUUCCUUCUCAUUAAGAACUGUAAUUUACGUAAUGCGGUUUCUCCCUGGAAUGUAAGGAAGGCAGAUCAUGACUGCUGCCUAGGGAUGGGGGUUUGGCCAUUGAAAGAUACUAUGUUUGAAUCUUGGGGUACUAGAUAAAAAGGGACAAGGUAGGAAGGGACUUACCAGACUCUGAUGACAAGUUGAGAGAAAGUAACUUUCCCGCCUUCUCUCCCGUGAGCCGAUAGAUGUGGUGUGGGUUUUUGGUGGUGUGUCUAUCGUUGUAUAAUUGUUUUGUCACAGCUCCUGGACAAUGGAGAUACAAGAGAUGGAAACGCCAAGGCCAUUUGGGGAGUUGCUGCCUGCCAUGAGCUAACGACAGUAGUCAGGUUGCCUUGACUCUUGGAUACCAGAUUAGAGCUGUCUCUUUGAGAAACACCCCAACAGCUGACUGAGGAAGUCUGCUUGCAUGGUUAUGUUGUUAAAUAAAGCUGUGGCCGAAACAGAUUUACAAAAAAAAAAUAAAGCUGUGGCCGUUGCCCUUACCCAACUUACUAAUGUCUUGUGUGAUUAUUGGGCAACGGGGAUUAAGGGUUAUGGUGGGUCAGCAGUCAAGUAUUAAUCUUGCUCUCUGUGGCUCUUUUCUUUAUUAUUCUCCUUCUAUCUCUAUAUUAGCAGGAACCUGUGGGUUACAGGGAAUAGAAAUAAAAUCUGUAUGAUUGGAGAAAAUGAUUUUGUUUGUGUGGCAGCCAUGUAAAUAAGGGCAUAAUUAUUAAUGUUGCAAGUCACAAACAAGCCCUAUUGCUCUCUUUUCUGCAAUGCUACAUUCAAUAAUGACUAUGUAACAUGAAAUAGAAUGGUAUGUUUAAGAAUGGAAUAAUUUGGAAGAGUCACAGUUGGCUUGCCGUCUCUGUUUAAAAACGAAUAGAUUUAUAAAAGUUAAGUUGCAAACUUUGUUAUUUAUGAAUUUUUCCAUUCCUGUUUUUGUGGUCUAAAUAUUGUACAUUUGGCUUUUAAUAUUCUAUUUAGGGAAAAUACCAGAAAGAUCCUUUUUUGGUUUUUUUGGGGUUUUUUUUUUAAAUGUAUUUAUUUAUUUCAUUCAGCUGUAUUUAAAAAGUACUUGGGCCAUGGUUUAAACUAAAAUGUAAAAUAAAAAUAAAAUGCAUUGGAGUUUAGAUAACUUCAUGUACAGUUUGGAAGAGGAAACCUUUUAUUUUGCUGUGCAAGACAGACCCUCUUGGUUUCAUUAUUUAUUGCAGGGCAAGUUUCUUUACCAAGUAAAUUGUAAUAAAAAAUUUUUUAAAUUAUCUCUCUUCUCCUGAAGGACAUCUGGAUGCCAUUUCCUCGUGGAGAAAAUAUUUUAUCUACUGAUAGUGAAAAGGAGGAUAGGAACAGUUCAGAAAUAUGUGAAUUCUGCCAAGCCGUCUUCCCACCAUCUUCUAGAUCUGAAAGAGAUUUCCUUAGGCAUCUUAAUUCACACUUUUAUGGACAAUCAUAGACCAGAUCUCCUGGAAGGAACAAACUGUAGUUAGAUAGCUUGUGUGUGUGUGUGUGUGUGUGUGUGUUUUAUUUUUUAUUUUACUUUUUUAAUCUGUUGAUUUCACGUUAUCCAUAAUGUAAAAUAAGGUACUGUUUUACAAUGGUACUCCUGUUUUGUAAAUUGUAUAUGUUUGUCUUUUUUCUUGUAUUUUAUUAUGAGACUUAAACAUUUUAUUUUCAAGCAUGUUAAACAAAAUUGUAGCACAGAGAGACACCUAUAAGCAAAUAAAUAGCUAGCAUAGGAGCUGCAACUAAUAUUUGCGUACAUUUACUGUAUAUGUGGACAUACUAUGCAAAUGGCGAGUAUGUAUACAUAUGAAGUUACAUGAUCAUGGAUAAUAGUUUGCAUAACAGUAUGUUAGUUCAUAUGUGGAGAAUAUGCAGGUAUUCCAAAAGAAUUUAAAUCGUCAUUUAUUGGACUAUCAUUUAAUAUAUAUUUUAUGUGUUUAUCUUUAAUACAUACAUUUUGUUUUUAAUUCUUUUAUUGGUUUAAAAGACUACAGUUUCAGUCCUGCAAAGGAUAGGCUUGAAUUGUGGUAACAAUAUAGACUAUUUCCUUUAUUUCCUUUUGUAAAUACAGGGAGGAUUUUUAAUAUUUCAAGUAUUACUUUAAAUAGGGACUUUUUUUUUUCCCCCUCACCUUUAAAUAUUUUUUUUCUAAUUUUAUAAAAGAAUUAAGACCAUCACAAACAGAUAUGUAUAUGCAAAACCCCUUUAGCAUUGCGGUUAAACAUUCUUAUUUUAGCACCAAAACCCACAGUAUUUCCAUAAUUUAAAUGCUUAAAGGUGUAUUUUCUGGGUUAUUACGAAUAUGUGAAAAUUAAUUUUUAAAAAUGUGUUAAUUAUGAGUGAAAACUAAUAAUAGAAAUGUAGUGUGCCUUAUCACAAAUAUUUGUAUAUUUUGAAUUCAUCUUUAUUAUAGUUCAUUUAUUAUAUGACUCAUUUUAAGGUGUUCUACCACAAACUAUAUUUUUUUAUAUUCCCUUUUCAUACGAAGUUCAACAGAAAUUCUGGAUUACAAAAUAUAUUAACUUAAUAUUUGUGUAUGAAAAGGAAACAUGGCUAUAUUUAUAUGUAUAUAUCUAGUUCAGAUAAAAGAAGAUGCAUUAAUUGAAGGAUUUUAUAAAAACCUUAAAAAGAAAAUCCAAAAGUUAGUUACACUAAUUUUUUUUUCUUUUUCCUUUCUUUUUUUUUUUUUUACUUUGUAUAUCUAUAUCUGUUGAAAAUAUGUACCAAAAUAUUUUGUUGCAUGUUUCUUAUUUUUGUUUAUUCUUCAAAAUGCAGUUUUGCUUAAUAUAUAAUGUGAUCCAUUAAUUAUAAACAUUUGGUAACUGCUACUUAGGCG